CCCCUCAGUUAGCCUCGGCUGCUGCCGCACCUUGCAGAGGGUUUGGGGACGCACUGUUGCCUUACCCGAUCCUAACCGCUGAGUGACGCGGGGGGGCUCCGGUUGGAGCCUCGGUUUUGGAAGCCGGGGCCCUUCUUUCCUGCCGCCCCCGCCCAGUUUGAGGGCGGGCCCGGCUCCCGGUCCAGCCCCGGGGAGCUAGGGCCCCGCUGCCCCCGCACGUGCCGGUUGCCUAUUCUCCCGGCUUCCGAGGCCGCCAUGGGAAAUGAACAGAGCACAGAAGCCGAGAGCAGACCCCACGACCUGAGCGCCUCAGUGACUCCUCCCACCAAGCAGAAAGCCAAGAUGGAUGAUAUUGUUGUGGUUGCCCAAGGAACUCAGGCUUCGAGGAGUAUCAGCAGUGACCCAGAUGUCAUCAAAUUACAAGAGAUUCCAACCUUUCAGCCCCUUUUGAAAGGGCUUUUGAGUGGCCAGACAUCUCCCACAAAUACCAAACUGGAGAAGCUAGACUCUCAACAAGUUCUCCAACUCUGUCUUCGAUAUCAAGAUCACCUUCAUCAGUGUGCAGAAGCUGUUUCCUUUGAUCAGAAUGCUUUGGUCAAGCGAAUCAAAGAGAUGGACCUUACUGUGGAGACACUCUUUGGCUUCAUGCAGGAGCGACAGAAAAGGUACUCAAAGUAUGCUGAACAGAUCCAAAAGGUCAAUGAAAUAUCCUCCAUUCUGCGCCGCAUACAGAUGGGCAUUGACCAGACUGUACCUCUGAUGGAGAGACUGAACAACCUGCUUCCCGAGAGUGAGAGGCUGGAGCCCUUUAGCAUGAAACCAGAUCGUGAGCUCAAGUCCUAGCUGCUUCUGAACCCUUUCCCAGGCCUGGCCAAAGAGAUUUUCUCCACAGAGGGAUAGAGACCAGUAAUUCUCAGAGAAUAUUUGGAGCAAUCAUACCACUAUUGGGCAAGGCUUGGCUUUUGGUUUGGUUUUCAGCUGUCUGUGAUGGGAAGAGAAGCAAUCCAGCGAGGAAUAGGACUCCCCAGUCUGGAGUCAAGUGUGAACCAGAUUCUUUCAUCUCACCAGUCUGAAAUCUUUUGAAGGCCAGCAUCAACAAUGUUGCUAAAACAUAAACCAUUUAGUCUUUGUCCAUUCUUCAAAGAACUCUGCCCUAGAAAUUCUUUGUUGCUGUUAUUGUCAUCAUUUGAGUUAAGCGUGUACAGCUAAUUUCCAGAGAAGCUGAUUCAGUUAAAACAGGAAGAGAACUGGAGAGGUUAUUUUCAUGACUCUCGGUAUUUGUCAGUAAAUAACUUCUAACAGGCCCUUGGAUUUAUAGGGCU